GCGCUCGCACUCCUGCUCCGCCGCCCGACCGCGCGCUCGCCCCGCCGCUCCCGCCGCAGCCCCAGGGCCCCUCGCCGCCGCCACCAUGGACGCCAUCAAGAAGAAGAUGCAGAUGCUGAAGCUCGACAAGGAGAACGCCUUGGAUCGAGCCGAGCAGGCGGAGGCCGAUAAGAAGGCGGCGGAAGACAGGAGCAAGCAGCUCGAGGAGGACAUCGCGGCGAAGGAGAAGCUGCUGCGGGCGUCGGAGGACGAGCGCGAUCGGGUGCUGGAGGAGCUGCACAAGGCUGAGGACAGCCUCCUGGCCGCCGACGAGGCCGCCGCCAAGCUGGAAGAUGAGCUGGUGUCGCUGCAAAAGAAACUCAAGGGCACAGAAGAUGAACUGGACAAAUACUCAGAGGCCCUCAAAGAUGCCCAGGAGAAGCUGGAGCUGGCAGAGAAAAAGGCCACCGAUGCUGAAGCCGAUGUAGCUUCUCUGAAUAGACGCAUCCAGCUGGUUGAGGAAGAGUUGGAUCGUGCCCAGGAGCGUCUGGCAACAGCUUUGCAAAAGCUGGAGGAGGCCGAGAAGGCAGCAGAUGAGAGUGAGAGAGGCAUGAAAGUCAUUGAAAGUCGAGCCCAAAAGGAUGAAGAAAAAAUGGAAAUUCAGGAGAUCCAACUGAAAGAGGCCAAGCACAUUGCUGAAGAUGCCGACCGCAAGUAUGAAGAGGUGGCCCGUAAGCUGGUCAUCAUUGAGAGUGACCUGGAACGUGCAGAGGAGCGGGCUGAACUCUCAGAAGGCAAAUGUGCCGAGCUUGAAGAAGAAUUGAAAACUGUGACGAACAACUUGAAGUCAUUGGAGGCUCAGGCUGAGAAGUACUCGCAGAAGGAAGACAAAUAUGAGGAGGAGAUCAAGGUCCUUUCUGACAAGCUGAAGGAGGCUGAGACUCGAGCUGAGUUUGCAGAGAGGUCAGUAACUAAAUUGGAGAAAAGCAUUGAUGACUUAGAAGAGAAAGUGGCUCAUGCCAAAGAAGAAAACCUUAGUAUGCAUCAGAUGCUGGAUCAGACUUUACUGGAGUUAAACAACAUGUGAAAACCUCCUUAGCUACGACCACAUUCUUUCAUUUUGUUUUUGUUGUUUUGUUUUGUUUUUAAACACCUGCUUACCAUGAAACCUCUUAAAUGCAUUUUUAUUUACUUUUACCACUGUCACAGAAACAUCUGCAAAAUACCAGCUAGGUCAGGGGAUGGGGAAAACACACACAAAAUGGCAAGCCGAGGUUAGGGCAGUAAUGAUUUAAAUGUGCCAUUUCCCAGGUUGAUGUUGCCACACUUUGUAGAGAGUUUAGCAACACAGUAUGCUUAGGCAGUGUAGGAAUUCUCACUAAAGCAGAAAGAUUUCCACUCAAAGUGCCAACGAUAGAGUCAAUAAGAAGAUUAAUGUUGGAACCACAAUCAGGUGUGGAUUGGUGCUACUUUAAACAAAAGGUCCCCCUGUGGUCUUUUGUUCAAUAUCGUACAAUUUAGAAUUCCGUCCAACACUAAUUUAUUUUGUCUUGAGUUUUACUAUGAGAUGAGACUAUGGAUUCCAUAUGCCUGAAUUCACUAAAGCCAAGGGUUUGUAAGCCACGCUGCUCUUUUAUGACUUCCAUUCCUUUCUAAUUGGCACACUUGCGGCUCUUUACAACUCUAGGAUAGCAUUCAAUGUGGAUUUCCACUCUUUUCAAUUGUCCAUGUUAAAGUGAAAGAUUUAGGCACUACGUACAAUUGGUAAAGAAAAUUUUUUUAAGAGUUAUAAUAACUAUAUGUAAACAUUGUAAAAUGAUAUGGAAUAAAAUGCCCAUUGUAGGACAUUUUCUAAA